AUGGCUCAUUUGAGAUCCCAUACUGGUGACAAGCCCUUCCAGUGUGAACAUUGUUCAAAAGCGUUUUCUGUGCGUUCAUCCUUAAAGUCACAUUUGAAAGUCCAUACUGGCGAAAAGCCUUAUUCUUGUGAGCAUUGCUCCAAGACGUUCAGUCAAUCUUCAAAUUUAAGGACUCAUUUGAGAGUCCAUUCGGGUGAAAAACCAUAUUGUUGUGAAUAUUGUUUAAAAGCAUUUUCUCGGGCUGAAAAUUUGAAGAGACACUUUAGAGUUCACACUCAACUUAAUAGGCACAUGAGACUCCAUUCCGACAAAAAGCCAUAUGCAUGUGAAAGUUGUUCAAAGACAUUUUUUGAAAGUGCCGACUUAGAGAGACAUUUGCGUGUCCAUACUGGGGAGAAGCCUUAUUCUUGCGGACAUUGUUCAAAGACAUUUCAAUCUGGUUCAAACUUCAAGACACAUUUGAGAGUACACACUGGUGAAAAGCCUUAUUCUUGUGACUAUUGCUCAAGGGCGUUUUCUUUAAAGACAGACUUAAUGAGACAUUUGCGUAUCCAUACUGGGGAGAAACCUUAUUCCUGUGAAUAUUGUUCAAAGACAUUUUAUUCUGGUUCAAACUUCAAGACACAUUUGCGUGUCCAUACCGGGGAGAAGCCUUAUUCGUGUGGACAGUGUUCAAGGGCCUUUUCUCUAAGGUCAGACUUAACGAGACAUUUGCGUAUCCAUACUGGAGAAAAACCUUAUUCCUGUGAAUAUUGUUCAAAGACAUUUCAUUCUGGUUCAAACUUCAAGACGCAUUUGAGAGUACACACUGGUGAAAAGCCUUAUACUUGUGACUAUUGCUCAAGGGCGUUUCCUAAUGGCUCAAACUUAAAGACACAUUUGAGAGUCCAUACUGGGGAGAAACCUUAUUCCUGUGAAUAUUGUUCAAAAACAUGUAGCAGCCGUUCAAGCUUAAACAAACAUUUGCGAGUCCAUACUGGUGAAAAGCCUUAUUCUUGCGAACAUUGUUCAAAAGCAUUCUCUGCGAGUUCAGGCUUAUUGCGGCAUUUGCGUGUCCACACUGGGGAGAAACCUUAUUCUUGUGAACAUUGUUCAAUGACUUUUUCUGACUCUUCAGGCUUAAAAAGACAUAUGCGAAUCCAUACUGGAGAAAAGUCUUAUUCGUGUGAAUAAGAAGUAUUUUCUGUUUGAUCAGACUUAAAAAGACGUAUGCGAGUCCAUACUGUAGAAAAGUCUUAUUCGUGUGAAUAAGAGAUAUUUUCUGUUUGUUCAGACUUAAAAAGACGUAUGCGAAUCCAUACUGGAGAAAAGUCUUAUUCGUGUGAAUAAGAGGUAUUUUCUGUUUGAUCAGACUUAAAAAGACAUAUGCGAGUUCAUACUGGAGAAAAGUCUUAUUCGUGUGAAUAAGAGGUAUUUUCUGUUUGUUCAGACUUGCGAGUCCAUACUGGAGAAAAGUCUUAUUCGUGUGAAUAAGAAGUAUUUUCUGUUUGAUCAGACUUAAAAAAACGUAUGCGAGUCCAUACUGGAGAAAAGUCUUAUUCGUGGGAAUAAGAGGUAUUUUCUGUUUAAUCAGACUUAAAAAGACAUACAAGUCCAUACUGGGGAAAAGUCAUAUUCAUGUGAAUACUGUUCAGAGGUAUUUUUUGUUUGCUGUGACUUAAAUAUUCGUUUGCCAGUCCAGGCAGAUAAAAAGCUUUUAAUAUUGUAACUAUAGUACGAAGGGAUUUUCUUUUACUUGAAAAUAGAAUUUCAACAUAUCAGGGUUCGUUCUGAUGAAAACUCUAUUCUUGCCAGUUUUACGAUAGUAAAUUCAUCUACGAGUGCAAUGAAAAAUAUACCGUAUUUUCCUGCUUAUAAUCCGCGAACUAUCUGCUAAAAAAAGCAAAGUUUAUGAGGUGCUGAUUUUAUGCAGCCGCGGAUUAUCUGUGAUUAUUUUUUUUUCCCCCUUAACACCAACGCAUUGAACCUCAAUAUUUUUACAGUAGGAUUCACCGAUCGAGACCGCACGCAGACUGAGUUUUGUUUAUUUUACGAAGCAUGCAUGUUGGUUAUUUUACGUUGCUUGAACGUUCCUCUUGGUGAUUCAGGUCAUGUAAAAUAAGCAACAUUACAGUGAAUAGGUAGCCAUUUGCACAAGAUUAGACUGUUUGCUCCUUUGUCUUGGCUCUUUGUUUUUCAAGUAAUUAGCGUACUAUAAUCAAGAUUUCAAGAAGAAAUCAUUAUACUUUAGAUUAUAAUUCAGAUUAAUUUUGAUUAUGCCUUCAAAGUAAUUACUUUUUCACGUUUUUAGUUUAGUUGCUCAAAUGCUAUGUUAAAUUCGAACUUUAUCUUUUUACAUCGUAUUAUCCGCGGAUUAUACGCCGCGCCGCCGCGGAUUAUACGAAGCUUUUUUUCUUCAGACCGAUUUUAGGACCUGCGAAUUAUAGGCCGCUCGCGGAAAAAUACUCUACGAAUCCAUGCCGGUAAAGCCUAUUCGUGCGACUAUUGUUCAAAGGCACUUCCUUAUUGUUUAAACUUGAAGAAGCAUUUGACACGCUGUGAAAAAGUCAUACAAGCGUUUUCUUGCAAAUGAAGCGUGAGAAACCAUGUUGUUGAAAAAGUGCAUCGUGUUAAAUUAACUGAUUAACUUUUUUCGCAUGUCAGCACAUAGCUGGAUGUGAGCUGGCAAUAUUCUUGUUAUAUGACAUCCUUGCAAGUCAUGAUGGGAAUAAAAUGAACUAAUUUUUCACUCCAUUGCAAAUUUUGCAUCAGUGUUUUCUUUAAUAAU